AACUGCCAUACAUGUGUUGUAUGUUUUGAAUGUUGAUGUUUUGUUGUGCGAACUAAACGAAUCAGUUUCUUAUCUUCAGUAACAAUAAAGUACUGAAAUAAAUACAAACAAGAGUUGUAUGAGCUUUUUACAAUGGAUAAUAAAAUUUUUAAUCAUGAAGAACUUGAAGCUGAAAUACAGAGAGAAAAGGAUGAUAGGACUGAAGAGUUAUCCUAUAAGAAAUCAAAACAUUCUUUAGACAGUGAUGAAGAAGACGAUGAUGUCAAAGCUCAAAAAUACAAUAUUCUUGAUCCAAAUGAAUUGGAAGGACAAGAGGAAGGGACAAUUGAUUAUGAUGGAGAUAUUAAAAUUACACCUUUUAAUAUGAAAGAAGAAUUAGAAGAAGGAUAUUUUGACAAAGAAGGUACAUACAUAUUUCAGAAGGAAGAGGAAAUCAAAGACCAGUGGUUAGAUGACAUUGAUUGGAUAAAAGUGAAAGCUAUCGAAUCUACUAAAAGAAAAACAGAAGAUGAAGAAGACAGUGAUGAGGAUGAAAGACCACCCAUUGAUUUAGCUGAUAAGUAUAAACAAAUGCUUGAAUUAAUGAAACCCGGAGAAACUGUGCAAAAAGCAAUUUGUCGACUUGGUGGUACCAAAUCAUCAAAAAGUGUUGGUAGUCGUUGGAAAAAGAAAAAGGAAUCAGAUUCUAUGGAUACAAAUGAAGAGAGUGAGAAAGAUGUUGAAAAGUUACAGCUUUUGACAGGUUUAGCUGAUGAGAUAGUGCAUUCAGGAGAUAUGGACAUUUAUCAACAGACUUAUGAGAAAAUGGUGUUUCAUGUGAACUCUAAGUCAAAGACUGGAGCUAAUGGUAUUUUAAACACUGAUGCUGAACUAGAUAUGUUCGGAGAUGACUUUGAUGAAAAAGUCGAUGAUAAGAUAGCAAUGCCCCCUCCUCGGACACCUACUCCCAGUGAGGAUGUUGUGAAUCCUACUUCAGAAGUAAUGUGGGAAUUCAAAUGGGAAGAUAAAGAAGAUGCUAAAGUAUAUGGACCUUAUCCAACUUCUCAGAUGCAACAGUGGGUUGAUGAGAAAUAUUUUGAAAAUGGAGUGUUUGUUAGGCAGUGUGGAAAACAAGACACUUCAUUUUACAAUUCAAAAAGGAUAGACUUUGAAUUGUACUUAUAAAGUUACUUCAUUGUUUUCUCAUCCUUUACAGUCAUUUUACAAUCACUACUAAAAAAAAAAAAAAAAAAAAAACUGGAUAUAAUGCAAUUAUUUCUAGUAUUUUGUUUGGUUAUAAAUUUCAUAGAAUUUUUAUUUUUGUGCAUUUAAUUUUGCAGAAUUGGAGUAUGUUGUUUGUGUCUAUUUACUUGCAAUUAGAAUUUCUAAUAUCCACAUUUGAAAUAAUAUUCAUUUUUUUAACAGUUUAUAUAUCUGAAACUGAUAUAAUUCUAGCAUUGAGUUUAAAUUUAUUUUAAAAAAUACAGAAUAACAAUUAAAUGAACACAUCUGAAAGAAUUAAAAUUCUGUUUGAAUUUAUUUAUUUCAUCUAUCAA